AGGCGCAGUGGUGCGCUGUGCGGUUUAAUGGUGAAUGUGUGUGUGAGGUGCAUCUUCACUGGAGCUCAGGGAUCUGCUCACUCUGAACCCGGGGAAUCUACAGCUGCUGCACCCGGACUCGGUUCGGUUCAGCUGGAUUCGGUUCGGUUCGGUUCGGUUCAUUGAAUCUCUAAGGUUCUCAUCCUCUAUUGUUAUUAUUAUUGUAGUUGUGUCUCCAGCAGCAGCAGCAUGUCCCUCCUCCACCCUCACCCUCACCUCCACCCGGAACCGAACCUCCACCCCCCGACCCGAACCCGCACCCGGACCCGCAGCACCUGCAGCCGGUCCACCAGCACCGAGCUGACCCUGCAGGACAUCCUGCAGCUGGAGGACCUGCAGGUGGAGAUCAGGGGUCUGAGGGAGGAGGUGGCGCUUCUGGAGGCCAAGCUCAGACUACAGGAAGGGGGAGGAGCUCAGUUAAAGCAGUGUCGGAUUGGCCGUACUGGAGACCAGAAGCUGGAGGAUGUUCCUUAUCUACCUCCACUUCUAAAGACUGAACCGAACUCCAGAACCCAGAAGAGACCAGAUGGACUCAACGUUCCUUGCGGUUUAAAGAACGAAUCAGUGGAACCAUCGUACUGUGCGUAUGCUACAGGUCUGAAGACCCCGUCGCCGGAUGCCUCCUCGCUGUCUCUGCAGUGCUACACCCAACCAGAAGCUCAGGACAUUUCAGGACUCAUUACUGAGGACGCUCCACAGCCAUCCACCAGUCUGUCUCUGCAGGGCCACGGUAACCCACGUUCUGAAGACUCUCUGGACUCGGAGCUCAGCGGCGGGGACCCGGGCGGGCUGCAGCACUCCGGGGUAAAGUCCGAGCUGGUUUCUGCUGACUGUAGCGAUGGAGAGCAGGACGAGGUGAAGACGUGUUUGGUCCGGCUGGUGGACUGUAAGGAGACGCUAGCGGUGGACGACGGGAUUGUGAAGCAGGAGGUGGAGGAGAAAGUGGACGGUUAUCUUGAGUCUUCAGUUGCAGAUGUGGCGGUUCAGGCAGGCAUGGUGAAGAGCGGUGGACCGCCUGUACCUGACGUCGGUGCCUACGAUACAGGAACAGGACCAAUGAUUGUACUGAGAAGACCGCCGCCAAACUUCGUUCCAGAUGAGCACUUAAACAUGGAUUUGAUGGAUACGGACAUGUGUUCUUGUUUCUGGUGCGGGAAGCGGUUCCCCUCGCCGUCCAUGCUCCGAAUACACCUGAGUACCCACGAGUGCACCGGUGACGGUCCUCCAACUCCAACCACGUCUCCAGAAAAGGUCCUCCAGCUCCAGAUCCCUGUCAAGGACAAGCUGUACCCGUGCAUCCACUGCGGCAAAACCUUCACCGACCUGUCCCACUGCAAAAGCCACGAGAAGAUCCACACCAGCGAAGGACCGUACCGGUGCUCCCAGUGCAGCGCCUCUUUCGCCUUCCUCUACGGCCUCCAAAACCACCAGAAGGAACAUACCGAAGAGCCCAGUUCCAUCCCCAAGCCUUACCAGUGCUCCUUCUGCCCGAAACAGUUCGCCACGAGAGCCACGCUCAUCAUUCACCGGAGAGUUCAUACCGGGGAGAGGCCGUACCAGUGCUUCUUCUGCGACCAGACCUUUACCCGGUCCGACCGCCUGAAAGAGCACAUACGAAUUCAUACUGGUGAGAAGCCGUACCAGUGUAACUCCUGCGGCAAGCAGUUCUCCCAGUCAGCGUCCUUUAGAACUCACCAGAGAAUUCAUACCGGAGAAAAGCCGUACAGCUGCUCCACCUGCGGGAAACAGUUCUCAGACUUAACCGGGCUCCGGACCCAUGAGAGACAACAUACCGGAGAGAAACCAUACCACUGCUUUCAGUGCGGCAAGAGCUUCGCCCAAGCGUCCAACCUCAGAGCCCACCACAAGAGGCACGAAAUGGAACAGAACCCACUGGUGUUCCCAGUCUAACCACAUUCUUCUAGAAUUCAUACCGGUUCUUCACACCAACAAAUGAGUCAAUUACAGUCGGUUUGGUGGGUUUGGUGUGGAAACAGUUUGUUUUAAAGAAGUUAAUUCCCAAUCAGAAUAGUGUAGAGUGGUGGGGAAUGGAAAAAGACAUACAAAGCUCUAAAUCUCUAAGCCCCGCCCACACAAAGUUAUUACACCAAAUGGUAAUGAAUACACUGCCUAAUGACUGACACACUGUUUAACCAGAGUUCUGAGAAGAUUUUGCAUAUCAUUAAAUUGGCAAAAAGUAGUCCUAAAGAAAAUUGAAUUUGAUCAGAUUCUGCACUAUUUUACCAUCAUCAUCAUUUUCUAUUAAAUUUGUUCAUCUCAAAUCUCCACUCUGAAUGAGUUCAUCAUCUCAAACCUGCUACUUUGAACAAGUUUAUUAUCUCAAACCCUUCUCAGAAUUAGUUCAUCUGAAAUUCUGAAUUAUUUAGAGAAUUUAGAAAAAUUGGUGAAGUUGCUCUUUGUAGCAGUUUAAUACAGUAUGUAUUAAAGAAAAAUAGAAUCUUAAUAGCGGAACUUUAGAAUUCACUUCCAGUUAAAUGUACAAAUAAUGAAAGGAAAGUAGAUACAAAACAAUAAUUAGCUUAAUAAAUGUACAAUAGUAGAAAAUACAUACAGGACUUGAAGAAAUUAGUGAAAUUAGACUGAACAGCACUAUCUAAAGCACUGAGUUAUAGAUUAGACUGGUAUAAAGUUAAUACCAGGGUAUGAUUAGAAUUCAACAAACAAUGUUUAGCCAUUGUUGAUCUGUUUUUUUUAUAUAUUUUAUUUAAAUACAUUUCUUAAAUGUACAAGGUAUUUAUGAAUUGAUGCCAGUGUUGUUGAAAUUAUUAACUUAUUAUGUUAAUUAUAACAGUUUGCUUUUAAUGUUUGGUUUUGUCUUUGAAAUGAAUUUCACUCCACUGUGUUUCCUGUUGAUCUGUCUAAAAUGUUUUAAAAGCACUUUUUUAAUUUAUUUGAUUUUUUAUUAAUUCUCUUCACAACAGAGCCUAAAGCCUGAAUUUUACAGAAUCAGAUCUUUUCUUCAGAUUUCAAAAAGAAUGUAAUGUUUUACUUUACUGAUGUCAGUAACAUUUCCACUGUUCCCUUUUUAAAAUGUGAAGUUUGAAAAAAAAAAAUCUGAUUAAAAAAAUGAAUAAAUUUUUUU